AUGGCUAGUGUACGACUCUUCGCAGACGCCUUGCGGCCCCGAACGUCCAGCUUCUUCUUAUCAUGCCCCACCGUAGCAGCUCACAGAGGCGUCAAGAGAGGACUGGUCAAGAAGCAGGAGACACAGCGCGCGCAUACGCGAGAGAGCCUGGAGAGGCGGUUGAGCAUGCAGGCUGGUAUCAGAACGGUCAAUGAGAGGGGAGGCGCAAUCAAGCUUGACUUUACAAAGUACAGCAAGCCCGCCGAUGGAGCGUUGUACAAAGUAGGAGAUACGGAGAGCAUCGUCGUUGCUCAUGGUCUCUUGUGAGUGUGCGACCCUUUGAUACGUCGCGUGUGACACCCAUCGCAAAUGCUCAAAACCCGUCAUGCUUGCAAUUGCGGCCCCAAUAGCGGAAGCAAGACCAACUGGCGUAGCAUAGCGAAAAGGAUGGCAGAGCAGUUUGGCGUGGAUGUGUAUACUGUGGUGCGCAGAAGCCUACAUGCUAUUCUUGGCUACCAGAAAAUUUGGAAGGUUGACCUCUCUUGGCAUUCUUCUGCGCUCUGACAGGAUCUAAGGAAUCAUGGCGAUUCAGGACAUGCGGACAGCAUGACAUAUAUGGAUCACGCUCGUGACCUCGAAAACUUCCUCAACGACCAGGACUUGACGCAGAACGUGGCUUUGAUCGGUCACUCGAUGUACGUUGUAUGCAUGCACGGCUUCGACUGCACUCGCUAAGUAGCUGACGGACCGCAAGCGAUCGAUGACAGGGGCGGCAAGGCCGUUCAAGCCUUGGCAUUGGACCUCGCAGACUUGCCAUCGUCCAAUAACCCCAUAACAUCCCUCAUCUCGGUUGACAUGACACCGGCAAGAGGUGCUCUGAGCCCUGAAUUUGCGGUUCGUAGCCCAUCCACCUUCAAAAGCAAGGGCCUUUGAUACGGCACGAGCUCACUUGACGUUUAUCCCAUCUGUGUAGAAUUAUCUGCAGGCAAUGAUUGACAUCGACGCCGCGCGGUGUACCAGCAACAAAGAAGCAGAUGAAAUGCUGCAAAAAUGGGAAUCUGUGAGUCGGUGUGUACCGGCCUGCAUGACAGAUUAUUCGCUGACGUUUUCGCCUCGAUCGCCUGCAGGAUCCAGGCAUUCGCGCUUUCCUCCUGACCAACCUGACACAAAAUCCGGUCGAGCGGAACAUCAAGUCUUUCAGAAUUCCAGUACGCAAGAUGCAGGACCUGUUGCCUAGCCUAGGAGACUUCCCUUUUGACCCUCCCAGAACGGACGAAUCAGGCAAAGGUCAAGUCGAUGGCGAGCAACGGCCUAGCCGAUCGUGGGACGGACAUACUCUAUUCAUCAACGGUGAAAGGAGCAAGUGAGUCUUGAUGCCCAUGACCGCUCGUGCCUCAAUACGAAAUUUGCUACAAUGCGAGACGCCGCUUUGCGAUUCAAACUGACGUGUCGACUCUAUGGCCCAUUAGGUAUGUCAAUCGCCACAAUAGACCCAUUUGCGAUGCUUUCUUUCCCAAUGCACAGCAUGCUUCUCUCGACACGGGCCACUGGGUGCAGGCUGAGAAGCCAUUGGAAUUUGCGGAGUUGGUAAAGAAUUUCUUGCUCAGAAAACCGUUGCAGGGAAUAGAAUAG